AUGUGCGCGCAAACACUGGGCCUCAACGCCUGUUCGGCACGAGGGAGAAACACGCCGGAGUCGUGCCGGAAAGGCCUGCACAAAGGCGCGCUCCUCCGCAUGAUCGGAGCCGCGGUGGCCGCGCAAAAGCCAACGGGUGCAAGCCCAUCGCGGCAGAAAGCGCGGCCCAGCGGCGUCUCCAAGCCCGCCUUGCUGCGCUCAAUGGGUCUGCUGCGCCUCUGGGAAAGCCGCACGGGGAAACCCCGGGCGUGGGGACAGCGCCGCGGGGGUCCGCUUUUCAGCCGCGAACAAGCCGCUGGCGCCGGGCGGAGCCGCUGGAAAGUGGAGCCAUCCUAA